AUGUUAAUUCCAGACCUUCCAACAUCAGUAUCAUUAUCUCUGGUUGGUAAAAGUACAUCUGACCCCAUUCAAGCAGGUUCCCAGGUUGUAUUCCAGUGUACAACACCAGAUGGUAACCCAGCACCAAUACUUCAGAUAUACAGAGGAAGUACUGCAGUAUCUAAUACAGGAUCCUCACCACUGAGGUACACUAGAACCAUACUGGACACUGAUAACCAGGCUACAUUUACUUGUAAAGCCACUGCAACUGGUGUUACUGGCGAAACAACAUCUACUGGGAUAACUCUGACCAAUGUGCAGUUUGCCCCCUCUGCUAUAUCCCUGUCCCAGUCACCCAGCGGUCCAGUAAGAGCAGGUUCCCAAGACAUCACACUGUCGUGUAGAACAUCGUCUGCCAGUAACCCUGCUCUCACUGUUGCAUGGCAACGGGUCAGGGGCGGGGCUACCACAAUUAUUACAACAGCAGUUCAUACCACCACCAGUACAGAUACUUCUAAUCAAGGCACCAAUGUGAUCAGCACACUUACUCUAUCCAGACCUGGGAAAGAAUACAAUGGAGAUCAGUAUAAUUGUUUGAUGACUUACAAAACAUCUACGCCAUUACAGAAAUCUGCCGUCUUGAAUAUCACAUAUCCUCCUGAUAGAUCAACAGCAGUGGUUAGUCCUGUGACGGUCACAGAGGAUCAGACACCAGGUCCAAUACUGAGAUGUGAGUUUGUUGACAAAGGAAACCCAGAAGCUGUUUCCUUUGAGUGGAUUUUUCCUGGACAGUCUAAUGUAGCCAGGACAGGGUUAACAUACCAGAUAUCACCAAUUAGUAUAACAUCUGCUGGGACAUAUCAGUGUAGACCAUAUAACAGUGUUGGCAGCGGUCAGGCUGCUAGCAUUAUGGUGGUAGUGCAUGCUACCAGUUAUAUAGGCGCUGCACCACAGAACAUCACAGUCAAUGAGAGUGAUGUAUCUGUCCAGUUAAGGUGUGAAGCCAGAGGAAAACCAGUGCCCAGUAUAACAUGGACAUUUAACAGUCAACUUGUCAGCACCCAGUUAUAUACAGUACUGAACACAAGCCAAAUUAACAGUGAGACACAGUAUGAUACAGUUAGCAGUACCUUAACACUGGCAGGACCUGGUCGUACUGGUAAUACAGUCAAUAGAACAGACCAAGGAUUUUACACCUGUGAAGCAAACAAUUCAGUGGGAAAUACAACAGAGAAAAUGGCGUAUAUAAAUGUUCAGCAUCGUGCUGAUCUCAAUCCCGAUAAAAUAACAAACAGAGAGGUCGCCAUGGAUAUCAACACAGAGGCAGUGUUAACACUGUAUGUCACAGCUAAUCCUGUUGCUAUUGUGUACACGUGGACAAAACAAAAUGGAAAUCUACCAGCAAAUUCCACACAAGAAACAAAUAUCGAGAGGCAGGAAACCACAUUAAGAAUUCCAGAUCUUAUGGACAAUGAUUAUGGUACAUAUAUCUGUACUGUACUCAAUGCUGUUGGAGUGUCCCAGUUUGUUUUUGUUUUAGAAAGAAGGGGAAAACCAGACCCUCCGUCGGACCUCAAACUUUUGAGGUCAUCAGCAAUAUCAGUCACUCUUCAGUGGACAUCAAACAAAAAUGGUGGUUACUCUCAAACAUUUUACAUUUUUUAUAAAGUGUCUGGUAGUGAUUGGCGGACUAUAACUGAUAUACCAGAUCCAGGAUACAAGCAAAAUGUCGUAGCCAAAGUGGAAAACUUGCUAGAAAACACAGAAUACAUUUUCAAAGUUCUGUCAUUCAACUUCGCAGGCAGUGGGGGGUUCUCUAAUGAAUUUAGAGUGACCACAAAAGAUAAACCAGUGAUCACACAAUUCGAUUUAACAGUGAGUGUAUCAGGUAAUGUAGCUACAGUGAAGUGGUCCCCACCUGAAGGAUACUUCACAAGUUAUGGAAUACAGUACUGUGUUCAAGGAACAACUCUGUGUGAUACACUCAAAAUUAAUAACGUGACAACAACAUCAGCUGAUAUAAUAUUGCCCGGUGGUGAUGGUCAAUACGAAUUAUCUCUGAUUGUGUACCAAGGAGACGAUGCUGUGGUCAAUAUUUCUUUACCUUUCGUACAAAAAGGACCAGUGGCUCAAGGCAGUUCCCCUGUGGGGGUGGUGGUUGGCGUGUUAGCUGCAAUGGUAUUGGUCACUGUCACUGUUGCGUUUGCAUUUAUAUAUUUGAGACGUAGAAGACAAAAACACAAUAAUGCAAACAGGAAUUUUAACAGGAACAGAAGAAAUGGCGCCAAUGAGUUAUCCGUUAUACAGAGUAGGAAGGAAGAUGAAGUGUAUGAAAAACCUAACCCACCUGAUUACACCGAAUCCACUUACACUGUUCUAAAAUCAGGGAAUGAUCAGGUAAGUGGAGAUUCAGUUUUUGCUGAUAUUCAAAAGCGUAACUGGGAAAUACGAAGGCGAAAUAUCAAGAUUCUAGAAAAAAUUGGCAGUGGAGCAUUUGGUCAAGUAUUCAUGGGCAAGGUAUUCGACCUCAAUAAUCGCAAAUGCUGGACAGCAGUAGCAGUGAAAACAAUAGAAGAUGACAAAGAUGCAGCUGCCCUAAACGAUCUCAAGAAUGAAAUAAAGGUGAUGAAGACACUUAGCCCUCAUCCUAAUGUGAUUCAGCUACUUGCUGCUUGUACGAUGGACGGUGGUACACCAUUGAUUGUCCUGGAAUAUAUUCCAAAUGGAAAUCUGCAAGACUUUCUUCGUAAAGACCGGUCGCAGAACAAAGCAGUUUACGGAAAUUUGUACGGCAUCAGCUCUUCCUUGACAUCACGUGAUCUGAUUAAAUUCGCCUUAGACGUGGCCAGUGGAAUGGUGCAUCUCUCUUCAAUGGAAAUUCUCCACAGAGAUCUUGCUGCUAGAAAUAUUUUGGUGGGCGAAGACAAGACCUGCAAGAUUUCUGACUUCGGCUUUGCAAAGGACGUCAUUGAAAGUCACAAGUAUGAGAAAAAAACUCAGGGUCGUUUACCAGUUCGCUGGAUGUCCCCAGAAGCUCUGUUUGACAACAUAUUUACCACACAGUCUGAUGUCUGGGCGUAUGGCGUCUUGCUCUGGGAGAUUGUCACACUAGGUUCCAGUCCCUACCCCGGUAUGUCGGCCAAGCAGGUGAUGGAAGCUAUAACUGAGGGAUACCGGAUGCCGCAACCACCACAUUGUUCACAGGACAUGUAUAACAUCAUGCUGUCUUGCUGGGAGGACAUUCCAAGUUCACGACCUUCAUUCAAAGAAAUAACAGUAUCCCUGAACGACUUCCUGAUGAGAGACUGCGACGUCCUUACCUUUGAGAAGUUUGAGGAGAAGCUUUAUGAAGACAUUGAUCAGUACAAACUUGAUGAAAAAUGCUAAAAAUAUUGCCUAUACAGUUCGUGGCAAUUUCCGUUCCAGACAUGCUUUUUAUUCCUCCGAGGACUGCAUAUACUGUCUUAGUGGUGUAGGUAUUACACUGCACAGGGUUUACUUACGAUGUGCGCGAAGCUACGUACUAUAUUAAUCGGAAAAAGAAAAUAUACAUUUAACACUAUAUAUCGCUUAAUGAAAUACAUGUACUUCUUUUUAUCUUUAUUUGGAGUGAUUUUAUAGGUAAUAUAUAUCAAAGCUAUCUUAGAUUGGAAUUAUCGACUUAAUUGAAUUCAAUAGGCUUAUUGGUGAAAAAAGUUUGAUUUAUGACAAUUAUUUGUCAAAAACAAAGCUCAAAGAACUUCAUGAUUUGGUGUUAUUGUAUAUACACUCUUAAGAACAAUCGUAUGAUGAUAAAAAUGUUUUCUUUUUUAAUAAUUGUUUGGAUGAUAUAGUACAGGAAUGACAGAAACGAACAAAUGGUAACAGAUUAUAUAUAGGCUAAAAUUAUAUAU